AUGCCUCCGCAGAUGCAACGCUUCGGCGGCGCACCGAAUAGCCUUGCUUCUCACUACCAACAAUAUACAAGCCACUCUCAAGCUCAUACCGCAGGACUACCUCCGCCCACCCUAGGUGCUAAUCCAGGAUUUAUGAACGCGAACUCUAUGAGCAAUCCAUUCGCGGUGAACGGCAAUGCUUUAGGUGUUGGGAACUUUGGAGGCUCGGGCUUAGGGAUGCCCGGCGGAACAGGUCUGGCAAGUCAUGCUGCACAGAUGAGCUUCGCAGGCGCUUCGGUACAACAAGGACACAACAACAUGGGCGAGCCUGGGUCGCGGGCUAUGGCAAAUAAGGGCAGGAUACGAGACGUCUGGAAGGGUAAUCUACACGAGGAGAUGGCAACUCUGCGCACUCUUAUCGCUAAAUAUCCAUACAUUGCAAUGGACACCGAGUUCCCAGGAGUAGUAGCGCGGCCUAUGGGGGCUUUCAAUGGGAAGAGCGACUAUCACUAUCAAUGUCUACGCUGCAAUGUAGAUCUCUUGAAAAUCAUACAGCUCGGAAUAACUUUAUUCACAGAGGAUGGGGACUGUCCUCCAGCGACGAUGGAUUCGAACGAUAUGACGGUAUCUGGAGGCCGAAAAUAUGGCGCAGUCCAAGUUCCAUGUACAUGGCAGUUCAACUUCAAGUUCUCUACGAAAGAAGACAUGUACUCGGAAGCAUCGAUUGAGGCUUUGGUCGCCGCCGGUGUUGACUUCGAGAGACUCGAACGGGAUGGGAUCGAUCCAUUCGAAUUUGGCUCGCUUCUGAUAAGCUCCGGCCUUGUAUGCGACGAAGAUGUACGAUGGAUCUCAUUUCAUGGCGGUUAUGAUUUCGGAUACCUUACGAAAGUAUUGCUCCGGCUUCCUCUACCAGAUGAUGAAGCAGCGUUCGACAGGUAUAUGAAGAAAUUCUUCCCCAGUAUCUACGACAUCAAAUAUCUCAUGAAAUAUGCCAUUCGCCAGAAUCAAAUGGGCCAACUGACUCCUCUUGAUUCCGCAAGCACUGAAAUACUAGCCAAGUUUGAGCAGAAGCAAGGACUAGAGAGUCUUGCCGAGAUCUUCAAAGUCAAGCGGCAAGGACAAGCACAUCAAGCAGGAUCAGACUCGUUGUUGACUGGAAAGGUGUUUUUCAAGAUGCGGGAGCGAAUAUUCAAAGGCGAAAUCGGCGACGAGCACAUUGGGAAGGUGUGGGGUCUCGGUUUGCCAGAGCACCACGCUCCUCAGCAACAUUCUACUCCACAGCAUUAUCACCAACAGCUUCAAGAGACUUCUACUCCGGGACAGAAUGGUACUACUACGUAUACAAAUGGGGCGCCAAGCACGCCCAAUACCGGAAAUGCAAACCUCGCCAGCACUCCAGCUCACAACAGUAGUGCAGCAGGCAUAGGCCCUUUGACGCCUGGAGGCGGUGGGGGUGUCUUCGGUUCUUUUCAAUUCAGUAACAAAUAG